AAGAUUUAUAGGUACCGGCGUACAGGAUUCCAAAUAGUUAAGCUGUUUAAACAUCUGAUUAGAAAAUGGCUGAUAUCUUCAGAAACAUACAGGCUGGCUAUGAACUUUUAAUGGUGGACUUAUCAGACCCGAGAACAAGGGAAUUCCCAAUGGUCAAGUCUCCACUUCCAGUUUUACUACUGGUCGUGAUUUAUCACUACUUUGUGACAGACUGGGGUCCAAAGUUGAUGAAAAACAGAGCCCCGAUGAAUAUCUACUACCCAAUGAUGAUAUACAACUGGGUUCAGAUUGCGGUUAAUGGCUGGUUUUUGUUUAAAUGCUUUAAACAUAUUUGGCUUCCCGGAGAGUACAAUUUGCUGUGUAUGCCAGUGGACACGUCUGAUUCACCAACAGCCAACCUGACCGUCAGGUACGUAUGGGUCUACUUCAUCCUCAAAUGCGUCGAUCUUCUGGAUACAGUGUUCAUGGUACUACGUAAGAAUGAUCGUCAGGUCACGUAUCUUCACCGCUACCACCACAUAAUUAUGGUCUGCGGAUCAUGGGGGACGAAUAAAUAUUUUGCUGGUGGACAUGUCAUACUGUUUGGCACUGUGAACAGCUUCGUACACUUGGUCAUGUUCAGCUACUACCAACUGAUGCUAAUUAGGCCAAGGAACAAGAAAAAUGUUUGGUGGAAGAAAUAUAUAACUCAGCUGCAAUUGGUACAAUUUGUAAUCACAACAUUACAUUGUCUGGCGGCUCUAGUACAACCAAGCUGUCCUAUUCCCAAAUUCUGGCUGAUCGUAGCCAUCCCCCAAGUGAUCUUCAUGUCCGUCUUAUUUAUUGAUUUCUACAGAAAAACAUACUUCUCUAAGAAGGAGCAAUAA